CAGGGGCUGCGAGGAAUGCUGGGUCGUUUCGGGUUGGGCGUCAAUCAUAUAAAGAAACAGGCUUGGUAUUACCACACCUCAAGGGAAAUAGGGAUAUGGACUGGUGUUGCAAUUGACAACUGGAAUGCUAUAAAUCCGGAAAGAGUGGAAUGAAGGCUACCUUAUAAAGAGGCAGAAAGAAGGAUACUGUAGAUUGAAUGAAUCAGAUUCCCAAUUUAAGGCAGGUAGGACUUGGAGGGAGGAUGCGGCUGCUGCCUUCGCGACAAUGCACACCUGGGCAAGGCAGAGAGACAGGAAGGAGCGGAGGGGUGUGCCGGAAAGCAAACGGGUCAUGCUCCAGGCACCCCGGCCGGCGAGGCACACCGGGAAGCUGGAUCUCUGCGACGCGUCGACGGGGAGUUUCUGAGAGACACCUCGGAAUGCCUUGUGGGAAGCCAGAGGGUGGGGUGAGGGGUGUGGCACUGGGCUGCGCCGGGCUGCCAAGAUUCAGUCCGGAUGCCUCCCAUCGAAAAAUUUUGCCGGGUUGCUCUGAAAACUGUACCGUUGCGGUGUCGGCGGCACCUCAGCUCAAAGGGUGCGCAACGGCACUGUCGUCAUUCCCCGCUGACACAACAAGUCGGCGAAAGGCUUCAACACAGCCCACGUUGCUGCCAGUAUGCUCGCUCCUGAAUUUGGACCAUAACAAAGGUGUCAAAGGGAUCUGAGACGUGCCCCCCUGCUCGAAUCAACGUGGCCGGAUUUGCUCACCUGGCGCUUGCGGGCCGGGGAUUGCUGCUCGGCCGCUCAAGGUGAGUCACCUCCACUCAUGCAUCAGCGGACUUGGCAACCACUCGGCAGUCACCCGAGAGACCUUAGUGGUGUUGCAGAGACCAUGCGCCUUUUGACAUCCCCAUGUCACCGCGCGUUGGGAAGCAUGCAAGCUACAAACGUUCUGGCA